CGCGGGCUGUGUGAGGAAGCCGGCAGACUGAAGCGAGCCUCAGAGGCAGCUCCAACUCCAACCCAAUGAGCUCACAGCCCUCACACUCAUUCACACACACUCUCUCCUCCUCCCCGCUCUCUCCUCAACCCUGGGACACAAGAAGAAGAGGAGGAAGGAGAGGAGAGAGAGAGAGAGAGACAGAGGGAGGGAGGGAGGCAGCAAGAGGCAGAGAGGGAGAGUGAGGGCGAGGGAGUAAAGAGAGAGGAGAGAGGGGAGAGGGAGGCAGAGGGAGAACACCAUGGCUUCAGAUCCGGGGCUGGCUGCGAUGCUGCUAUGGACUAUAUCAUUACAGGCUGUGGGCACGGCGGGAACUAACAGCAACGAAGUGAAUCUUCUCGACACGACGACGAUCACAGGAGACUGGGGCUGGCUAACGUAUCCGUCACAUGGGUGGGAUGCCAUUAAUGAGAUGGACGAGUACUUCAGUCCAAUCCACACAUACCAGGUCUGUAACGUGAUGAGCCCGAGCCAGAACAACUGGCUGAGAACGGGCUGGAUCCCACGAGAGGGAGCCAGGAGGAUCUACAUCGAGGUCAAGUUUACCCUGAGAGACUGUAACAGCAUGCCGGGAGUACUGGGCACCUGCAAGGAAACCUUCAACCUAUACUACUACGAGUCCGACAGAGCGGUGGGCUCGGCCAUAAGGGAGAACCAGUUCAUCAAGAUCGACACCAUCGCUGCUGAUGAGAGCUUCACCGGGGUGGACCUGGGAGUCCGCAGACUCAAACUCAACACAGAGGUGCGAGGUGUUGGACCUCUGAACAGACGAGGCUUCUACUUGGCCUUCCAGGACAUCGGCGCCUGCAUCGCUCUCACAUCGGUGCGGGUUUACUACAAACGCUGCGUAGGCGUGAGCCGUAACCUGGCCGUGUUCACCGACGUGGUGACGGGCGCCGAUUCGUCCUCGCUGGUGGAGGUCAGAGGUCAGUGUGUGGAUCACGCAGAGGAGAGGGACACUCCAAAGAUGUACUGCAGCGCUGAGGGCGAGUGGCUGGUGCCCAUUGGGAGGUGCGUUUGCUCGGCUGGGUUUGAAGAGCACAGAGACUCCUGUGUCGCCUGUGAGGUCGGCUUCUAUAAGCCGGUGGCGGGUGAUGGCCUGUGUGGUAAAUGUCCUCAACACAGCCACUCGGAGACGAGAGCCGCCCUCUCCUGCCCCUGCGACUCCAACUACUAUCGGGCAGCAGAUGACCCACCGGCGGCUUCAUGCUCCCGCCCUCCAUCUGCUCCGGUGAACGUCAUCUCCUCAGUCAACGGGACAUCUGUGAAUUUAGAGUGGGAUCGCCCUCUGCAUACCGGGGGUCGCAGCGACUUGGAGUACAGCGUGUUGUGUCAGAAAUGCUCGGGGGAAGGAGGGCCCUGUGAGGACUGUGCAUCCACCCCGGGAGGCACCGGUGGAGGGAAGGCCGGUGGAGGAGCCAGCAUCGGGCCCGGCGGAGGAGGGAUGGUGGAGCGUUUGGGCACAACGGCGGUUCGCUUCUCCCCGCGCCAGACCGGUUUGAAGGAGUCGUGGGUGACGGUGCUCAACCUGGUGGCCCACACCAACUACUCCUUCCGGAUCCUGGCAAUGAACGCCGUGACGCACCUGAGCAAUGAGCCGUCACCUUAUGCCAUGGUCAACAUCACAACUAACCAGGCAGCCCCCUCUGAAGUGUUAGCGAUCCGCCAGGAGAACACCAGCCAGAACAGUGUGACUCUGAUGUGGCACGAACCCGACCAGCCCAACGGAGUAAUCCUGGAGUAUGACAUCAAAUACUACGAAAAGGAUAAUGAAGAGCACAGUUACUCCACUCUGAAGUCUAAAAACACCAGUGCUCGAGUAUCGGGGCUGAAGCCGGGAACCAAAUACAUCUUCCAGGUCCGAGCCAGAACAUCAGCAGGCUGCGGACGCUUCAGCCAGAACAUAGAGAUUCAGACUGGGAAAGCAGUUCCUCUGCGUUACAACACCAUGACCAUCAUCUGGAUCUGCAUGGCCCUGGUGUCCGGCCUGGUCACCUUCCUGGCCAUCAUCAUCUGCAGGAAACGGCAAGGCUACACUCUACCACACUACCCAUCGCUGCUACACUGUGGCUACAGUAAAGCCUUCCAGGACUCUGAUGAGGAGAAGAUGCAUUACCAGAACGGUCACGUGUCAUUCCCCGAUGCGAGGUUCUAUAUCGACCCGCACACGUACGAGGACCCCUGCCAGGCGGUCCACGAGUUUGCCCGAGAAAUUGAAGCUUCCAGGAUCAAAAUAGAGAAAAUCAUUGGUUCAGGCGAGUUUGGGGAGGUGUGUUACGGACGCAUGAGGCUUCCAGGGAAACGAGACAUCCCAGUGGCUCUGAAGACCCUGAAGGCGGGAUACACUGAGAAGCAGAAGAGGGAUUUCCUGGCCGAGGCGUCCAUCAUGGCCCAGUUCGACCACCCCAACGUCAUCCGCCUGGAGGGAGUGGUGACCCACAGCAAACCGGUGAUGAUCAUCACAGAGUACAUGGAGAACGGCUCUCUGGACUCCUUCCUCAGGAGACACGACGGUCAGUUUACGAUCAUCCAGCUGGUGGGGUUGCUGCGCGGCAUCGCGGCAGGUAUGACCUACCUGUCUGACCUGGGCUACAUCCACCGAGACCUGGCCGCCCGCAACAUCCUGGUCAACAGCAACCUGGUGUGUAAGGUGUCUGACUUCGGCCUGUCCAGAGUUCUGGAGGACGACCCCGACGCUGCAUACACCACCAGUGUGAGUUUUCACAUCGAGGGUGGGAAAAUCCCAAUCCGCUGGACGGCCCCAGAGGCCAUCGCAUACAGGAAGUUCUCCUCCUCCAGCGAUGUGUGGAGUUACGGCGUGGUCAUGUGGGAGGUGAUGUCCUACGGAGAGCGGCCAUACUGGAACCUCACCAACAGAGACGUGAUAAAAUCAGUGGAGGAGGGCUACAGGCUUCCUGCUCCUAUGGGCUGCCCUGCUGCUCUACACACACUCAUGCUGGACUGCUGGCAGAAGGAUCGCAACGAGAGGCCGCGCUUCUGCCAGAUAGUCACUGUUCUUGACAAGCUAAUCCGCAACCCGGAGAACCUGAAGUCUAUGGACACGCUCUGCAGUUUAAGCAGUCCUCCGCUGAUGGAGAGAGCAAUCCCUGAUUUCAGCAGCUGCAACUCAGUAGACGACUGGCUGGACACUAUAAAGAUGGGCCGAUACAAGGAACACUUUGCAGCAGGAGGCUACCACACUCUGGGACACGUCAUAAGCAUGAACCAAGGGGACAUCCAGAGGCUCGGCGUGACGCUGAUGGGCCACCAGAAGAAGAUCAUGACCAGCGUCCAGCUGAUGAGGGCUCAGGUCCUCAACAAGAGUGUGCCAUCGGUGCACGUAUAACUCCAAUGCAGACCUUUCUUUCUGCUCAAACCCAGAAUCCCAGGCGUCUGCAAGGUCUAGAGGGACUCCAUGGGAACCAAGAUGAUCAGAUAAAUGGGAGAAGUACAUCUGUGGGAACUUUACAAGACUUUUUCUCAAGAGAUAUAAAGAACAAAAACGGUGAAAGGUUUUAUCUACGGGACAAGUCCGACCUUUCAUUUUCUUUUCCUACCCGAUUACAUUUUCUGAGUUGAAAUGUCUUGAUCAUCGAUGGAAAGACUGCCUUAAUUACAAACACAAAUUGUUUUAAUUUUAUUGCUUACAAAGAGAGAGAUAAUUUAUCAAUCAUGAAUUUUAUCAGAGUAACUAUGAUUUACUGAACCGGGCGAAAAGCAAGAGUACAUGAGUGAUGUAGCAGGUAAGGGGUGGGGAUGAGGGUGUUUUCAGGAUGAUGCUCGCUGCCUCAGACUGAGGAGAAGCAAGGCCCUGAAUGAGGCUGGAAACAGAAUAGAAGUGGAAAACAGUGAGAUAGGGCUCACCUGAGUUGCCAGAUCGUCUCCACAGUGGAGGAGACCUAUUCCACCCCAGGCUAUUAAUACCAACAACAGGCACAUUUCUCCGCCGUCCAACCUUGAUGAAUGACCCCCGGAGAGCCCGAGAGCCCUCUGCCCAGUUUGAAGCUGCACGGCGCACAACUACUGUACUUCAAAAAAAAAAAAAAAAAAGUGUGUGAUUCAGUUACAGUGCACUUUAUUCUACAAUCUCUCUGUGAUGUAGAGGCUUUGCAGUUGGGUCACAACCGGAGCCACAUUGUCAGUCCUUCAAAGAAUCGGCUUUUUAAAAAAUAUAUAUUACAUGAAUAUAUACGUAUACAGCAUAAAACCCAAGAAUAAAUCUAACACUCAUUAGUGAUACAAGUAGCUUAUGAGAUUUCAAAAUUUCACCCUGUCAACUUAAAAGAAAAUAUAUUACCAGCCUGUAGUCCUUACAAUAUGUGCAUAAAUAUGCAUAAUAUUAAACAAUAUUGGCCAUUUUUAUAUUAUAAGUACUGUAGCUGAUGGAUUUUAAGUAUAUUUGGGGAUUUCUUAUGAUAGAAAAUGUAUUCCAAAUGCACUGCUAUUUAAAGUGCAUUUCUAAUCAGGUUAAAAAGUAAAACAAGUGUAUUUUAACUUCAUUUUUUAAAUUGCACUUUUUGUUUUUUCUUGACCCUGACAAAAGUAGUUUGACAAAUUUAUCUUUCAUUUUACUGGUGAGGACUGUGAGAAAAAAGCUAGUAGGUAAAUAAACUACUGUCAAACUGGUUCUGUUCUGUUGGCUUUAUUGAUCAGAUUCAUUGGAUGCAGCUUUGAAAUCUGCUUUAAAUAUAUUAUUUAUAUAUUGCAAUGUAUAUUUCUCGCAUCCUAUCAGGCUACAUGCUUUUAUUUUGUUAAUUUCAGAUAUGGAAAUGCAUUUUCAUGUCACUUAAAGGCGUUUUCAAUGCAUUUGCAAGAUCCUAGAUGAAGGAAAUUACAUUUGCCAAAAAGCUCAUCAGUUAAUCUUAUUUUUUUUGCUUUUUUUUAUGUGCUAGAAAAGUAUCUGGCAGCUGUCUAAUUCUAAAAUAUAGCCGAUGUUCACUAGCUUGUACUACAUCAUCCAUUGUUUAGAGGAGUGCUUAUUGCAUUAUAGAUACUGCUGAACAUAUCAAAUUCCAAGUCAGUCAUUUUUGCAAAAUAUCAAUGAAAAGUUUCACAAUUGUAAUGUGUCUCUUGAAUUCUGUUUCCAUGCUGUUUACAGUGACUGCCAGGGUUUUCAAAAUGACUGCCAGCGUUCCAGCGAGCCCUAAAUGUGGUCCAAUAUGUGACCCCCAUUAAACAAGACAAAUUUUCACCAGCUCGUUCCAGUUAGGUCACAAUUUAUCCCCCAAAUUAACAAAAGAAAUAUUAAAAAUAGUACACAUUUACACUUACGUAAUCCCUUAAAUGUUGAUCCUUACAACGCCCUUAAGUAUUAUCCCAAUAUUUAUAUUUACUCUACAUUUUCUUUUAGUUUGCAACCAAAAUUAGACAUCUAACAGGAUGGAUUGUCCAAUAACCCAAAUUGCUAUUUCAACAUCUUUUUAUAAUAGUUUGUGGGGAGGGUGCGUUACACCUGAAAGCCCUCCUAUUCUCUUUGCAUUUAUGAACUUAAUGGUACAGAAACUAGUUUCAUUCAGGAGAACUUACUUUUGGGAUCAACGUCGGCACUAGUACUAUUCAGUGCAAUAAAUCUGUACCCCAGAGUACAUAUCUGAACACAUAUUUUUGUGUGAAUGCUGGGAAUAUAGUCCACAUAAGCUACACAGGCUGUAAAAUAAAGUGUUACUUCUGAUUAAAUAUGAUUACACUGUUUGCCUCAGUGUUGAUGAAAAGGUGAAGAAGAACAUGUAAGUAGAAUGUUUAUAUCUAAGCGCUCUCAAAAAGAACAUAAUCAGUCCUAAUUUAUACCCCCCGUCCCCUCCGUGCCAUCAAGAGAAUGUCUUUUCUUGUGCUCCUCGGUAGGUUUUUCCUCUAGAUGGUUGAUGUCAGUUUUUAUUAGACAAGAACCUCUUGAAUAUGUAUUAUAGUGGCAUUUCACUACUGGUUUCAAAUGAUUUCUUUUGGUUUAUUUCUUUAGGAUGCUUUUGAAGACACUGGACUUGAACUGAAAAAAACCCAUAUUUUAUAAAGUUAGGAUAUGUUUUUGCUAGAUGAAUUGAUUUAUAAUGUAUACAGCAAGUUCAGUCACUGGAAGGAAGAAAAAAAAUAAUUUUAACAACCGGAUUUAUUCACAUUUCAUUAUUUAUUCAUGCUCAUUUGUUUUCCAAAUAAUACAACUCUGAGAGGUUUUAUUACAGUCGAUGAAACAUCCUUGUUGCUAAUGAUAAAUCAUAAAUGUGCAAACUGUCCAUAAAUACACAAUAAAGGAACGUUUGUCUGUGUGUGACUGCAA